AUGUUCAAGUAUUUUAGUUUUUAGAGUGUAUGUUUAGGUCUAAAAAAUUUAUGCUUUUUGUUUAAUGGAAAUAAAUAACAAGAAUUUGAUAACAAUAGGAUUGAAUUUCACAUUAUAAAUUUCUUAGAUAAUAAAAUAAAUCAAAAGUAUUUAAUUACAAUAUUAUUAGUUCUUAUAAUAUCGUUUAUAUAGUAGCAUAAAAACAAGGAGAUAAGGAAUUGAUUAGAUUUUAAAAAAUAAUAAAAUAAUUUCCUAGCAAAUAUAUUACUCAUUUAAUAUAGUUUUACAUAUAUUAAGCAAGUUGGAAGAUCAAAACAAAAUUAUGGAUAAAUCAUUUUAAGUUAGGAAAUUUAUUAUGGAAAAAAACUAAAUGUAUUGAUGAGUAUGCUUAAAUUUAUUUUAAGAAUAGAAGAUCUAAUAAAAAUUCCUAAUUUUUAAGUCAGUUGGAUUAAUUUGGAGCUAAAACAAAUUUCAUUUAGAGAAUAAAAUGAGACAAAUCAAUUAAUUUAAUAAUAGAUAAGACCUUUUGGUUUAAACUUGAUAAAUUAAAAAUUAAAUCAAUUUGGAAUUCCAAUAAUAGUUGAUUGUCUGCUAUCUUAUUUUUUAGUAAAUCCUGACAGAUUCUUAAGACCUCAUAUUUUUAGAAAAUAAGGUUCAAUAGACGAAGAGGAAUAAUUAUAUACAUUAUUAAAUAAUUAGAAUUAUGAAUGUUUGAAUGUUGUAGAGGAUGUACGAAUAGUAUGCAGUAUGAUUAAGCGAUUUUUUAUUGAGUUACCAGAUCCUUUAAUUCCAUAAGACAUUUUAAAACUUAUAUAUACUUAAUUAUAAUGUAAGUUGCUAUUAAAAAAUAAUUAGAAGUAACAUCUUAAACAGAGAUUAUAUUAUUAGAGGAGGUUUUUGGAAAAUUAUCUAGAUUAAAUAGAAUAUUAUUGAAAAUGAUGAUAAGUUUUCUUUAAUGUGUUGGAAAUAAUUCUGAAUUUAAUUAUAUGAAUGUGAAUAAUUUGGCAAUAAUAUUUGCUCCUUGUUUUAUGAGGAUAUAAACAAAUGAUAUUUCAUCAUAAGAAUAAAUUUAAUAAUCUGUGAGAUUUUUAAAAAUUUUGUUUGAUAAUUUUGAUAAGUUGUUUCCAAAUUUUACCUUUAAAUAAUUUUUGCAAUAAAAAUAAAAUUAGUUUUGCUUAUCAACAAAUAGCAACAGUUCAACAGGUACAGAAAAUAUGUUUAAAAAUCAAAUUGUGUUAUCAUAAGAAGAUGAUAUAAUUUUUUAAUUCUAAUAAAAGUAGCAAUGA